AGAAGGGAGGCGCGGCGCGGGCUGGGGGCUGGGGAACCGGGAACGCUGCCCGAUGGUGUGGGGCAGUGGGACUGUACCUGCCCCCUGGACCGUUAUCCGGCCCGGCUACUCUUAAAACGCCCCUGAGUCAUCUAUGCCCCUAAGAGCCUGACCCCGCACCCGCCCGUGCCCCUCCCUGGGGUGUCGAGCCCGUCCUCAGGACCACGCAUUCCUGCAGUGUCAGAACCGCUGGCAGCUGCCGCAGACGCUGCGGGAGCGAUUGUUUUACUACGGAACAGAUCAACUGAGAGUUGCUUGCUGUUGUCCUCUUGCCGGGCAAGAAUGGAGGCCCCGCUGGUGAGUCUGGAUGAAGAGUUCGAGGACCUUCGGCCCAGUUGCUCAGACGACCGGGAGGAGAAACCACAGUGCUUCUACGGCUCAUCUCCCCACCAUCUAGAGGACCCCUCCCUCUCUGAGCUGGAGAAUUUUUCUUCCGAAAUAAUCAGCUUCAAGUCCAUGGAGGACCUCGUGAAUGAAUUUGACGAGAAGCUCAAUGUCUGCUUUCGGAACUACAACGCCAAGACGGAGACCCUGGCUCCCGUGAAGAACCAGUUCCAGAUCCAGGAGGAGGAGGAGACCUUGCAGGACGAGGAGGUUUGGGAUGCUCUGACAGACAAUUACAUCCCUUCACUCUCGGAAGACUGGAGGGACCCAAACAUGGAGGCUCUGAAUGGCAACAGUUCUGACACGGAGAUCCAUGAGAAAGAAGAGGAAGAGUUCAAUGAGAAGAGUGAACAUGAUUCUGGUAUCAAUGAGGAGCCUCUACUCACAGCAGAUCAGGUGAUUGAGGAGAUCGAGGAAAUGAUGCAGAACUCCCCAGACCCUGAGGAAGAAGAGGAGGUCCUGGAAGAGGAGGAUGAGGGAGAAACCUCCUCCCAGGCAGACUCGGUCCUCCUGCAGGAGAUGCAGGCGUUGACCCAGACCUUCAACAACAACUGGUCCUACGAAGGUCUAAGGCACAUGUCUGGGUCGGAGCUGACCGAGCUGCUGGACCAGGUGGAGGGCGCCAUCCGGGACUUCUCGGAGGAGCUGGUGCAGCAGCUGGCCCGCCGGGACGAGCUGGAGUUCGAGAAGGAAGUGAAGAACUCCUUCAUCACGGUGCUUAUUGAGGUUCAGAACAAGCAGAAGGAGCAGCGGGAACUGAUGAAGAAGAGGCGGAAAGAGAAAGGUCUGAGCCUGCAGAGUAGCCGGAUAGAGAAGGGAAACCAGAUGCCUCUCAAGCGUUUCAGCAUGGAAGGCAUCUCCAACAUUCUGCAGAGCGGCAUCCGCCAGACCUUUGGCUCCUCAGGGACGGACAAACAGUAUCUGAACACGGUCAUCCCUUAUGAGAAGAAGGCCUUGCCCCCGUCAGUGGAAGAUCUCCAGAUGCUGACAAACAUUCUCUUUGCCAUGAAGGAGGAUAAUGAGAAGGUGCCCACAUUGCUAACGGACUACAUUUUAAAAGUGCUCUGUCCUACCUAACCUUGCCCUCUGGGGCAGCCUUGCCGCGGAGGUCACGGAGCAAGAGUCAUUCCAACCCAGGGACUGCAUGACACCACGUAACCUCCGACGUGUAUUUAAACGUGUAUAGCUUAACCUGGAUUAAACAUGAGCAAGCGCGCGGGGUCCUUUGCUGUUGGCUUCUAGUCCUAGUGAUCAUUGGAUGCAUGACCGAGGGGCAGGGCUGGGAGGCGGCUCUCCGCCCUCGGCGGAGGAAGGCAAGCACCCUCCCGCUCAAUGUGUAGUCUGGCUCCAGCCCUCGAAAACAGCUUACACUCUAAGACUAAUUUUGAAAUAAACCUUCAUUUAAUUAAUAUU